ACGCAGCCUAGUUUUCCACGGGAAAAGUAGGACUUUCCCGUGGUAUUUGAAUCAAUGACAUGAAAUGAAAACAUUGUUUUUCCAUCCAGGUGUGAACAGUUAGAUGUGAGUGGUUCCUGUGCAGAGGAGAGGGUUUCAGAGAGGCGGUCUGCCGGCCAGUUCCCACGGGUUUGUGGAGCUCGGUGGGUUUCGCGGUGGUAAUCACUGGGUUUGUUUUUGGCACCAGGACUCACCGAAAACAGACAAUGUCGCAGAGUGAACAGAAAGAAAACGCGGAGCAGUCAACGUUAAGCUCGGAAGACGAACCAAACGGCGUCCUGGUAAACCCGAGGGCGGUUUGUAACGCGUGUAAACGCCUGUACCGGGACCCUAAGAUCCUCCCCUGCCUGCACACCUUCUGCGCCGACUGUAUCGGCCAGCUAGAGCCGUUUUCCGUGUCUUCUCGCGGCCACCGGGACGGUCCGGAGGACGGCAGGAGCGGCGAGGCGGUGGAGGCGGACCGACCUGCCGUCACCGUCACGGUGCUCUGUCCCGACUGUGACUCCGAGGUGGACAUUCCUCCGUCGGGACCGGCCGGGCUGAGCACCGACCACCUGGCGCUGGACGAAGUAUUCCUGGAGACCCUGGUGACGGACGGCCCGCUGGGAUGCGACCUGUGCGGCGAAGGAGGCGCCGAGAGCCGCUGCGAGGUCUGCAGCGUCAACCUGUGCGAGUUCUGCUGCCAGGCGCACAGGCGGCAGAAACGGACAUCGUCUCACUCUGUUCGGGGUCUGGAGGAGCUGAAGUCCCGUGGUCGUCUUUGCCGCCCCGUCCUCUGCUCCCUCCAUCCCGCCCAGGAGCUCCGGCUCUUCUGUCAGCCCUGCGACCUGCCCGUCUGCCUGGAGUGUGCCGCCAUGCUGCACCGCGAUCACCGCUGCUGUCCCACACAUGAUGUUAUUGAUCGUCAUGGAGACCGCAUCCGGGAGAUGGUCUCUGUGCGCCUGCGACCUCGCCUGGAGCGUCUGGAGGAGUCACUGCAGAAGGUGGAAGUAUCCCAGGAGGCUUUGCAGGCACGAGUGGAGGCAACAGCCAGUGAGGUGAGGGCGUUUGCACGAGGCUAUGCCAGUGCUGUGGAAGCCCACUGCCUGUCUCUGCUGCGUCGCCUGGAGGAGCUCCGUGUCCAACGCAGGAACCAGCUGCACCUGCAGAAGGCGCAGCUGCAGCAGGCUCUGCUGGAUGUCCGAGGUGGUGUGGAGUUUGCAGAGAGACUGCUGAGCUGUGGGUCUGAGGCCGAGAUCCUCAGCGCCAAAGGAGUGACCCUGAGGAGGCUGACCAGUCUGGCAGAGAGCAGCUACGACCCCCACCCGGCAACUGUCGCCCCGGACGACGGCAGCAGUAUCAGCUUCAUGCCCAGGGAGCCCGCAGGGGAGGUGGAGGGCUACCCGGUGGUCGGGAUGAUCAACUCUAAGACAGUGGACCUCAGCAAGUGCACCAUUGAAGGGGAAGGUCUGCAGCGGGGCAGGGAGGGCCAGCAGGGCCACUUCACCCUGGUGUGCAGAGACGCAGCUGGAGAGCAGAUGACCCGAGGUGGAGAGCACGUCCUGGUCAGUAUCGUCCACAAGGAGAAGAAAAACUGCACAGUGGAGACGACAGUGGUUGACAACAACGACGGAUCCUACAGUGUUUCAUACACAGCUGAAGAGCCGGGAAACUACUCAGUGUGGGUUUGUGUCAAAGCCCAACAUGUCAAGGGUUCUCCGUUCAUUCUGAAUGUGAGGAGGAAGCUCAGGCGUCACAGUGGGACGUUUCACUGCUGCUCCUUCUGCUCCAGUGGAGGAGCCAAAGAGGCUCGCUGUGGCUGUCCGGGAACCAUGCCAGGAGGAUUUAAAGGCUGCGGCCACGGUCAUAAGGGGCAUCCUGGGAAGCCGCACUGGUCUUGCUGUGGCAGCUCGGUGGAGCAGUCUGAGUGUUUGCCUCAGAGCGUGUUGGCUGCAGUUUCCCCCCGUGGCCACCUGCGAACCGUGGAGCUCUGAUGUGACACGGAGACAAGACCUGUCAAGAUGAUGCAAGUUAAUGGAGGAGGGCAGCAACCAAAAGGUUAGAACAGCAGGGGAAAGCAAGGUGCAGGUCGUUCGUGUGAAUCUCGAGCAGAUUUGAAAAGGUCGGAUGAGGAAGGUGAACCUCCAAAGCCACAGUGAGUGAGGCGGGACUUCAAAGUCACUCAAAGUGCUCACCUCUGCCAGACAGUCUGUGAUACAGAAGCCAGCUUAACGUACAAGACAAACACCAAAGUGUGAACUAAAAUCUCUCAAUCUAUGUUGUCAGGUGCCUUUUUUUUUUAAGCUAAGCUCUGCCUACCUGUAACAAGAUAGAGGAGAAAGAAGAUGAAACACUACACAUCACAGCAGCAUGUGUCUCCUCCUAAAUCAAACGUUAAAGGUCUUGCUGAAGGGCACAGAGGAGAGAUAGAUCUGCUUUUUCCAUUGUUACACGGUUCUUUCACCAGACAUCCUCUGGUCUCAAGCCGAUUUUUUUUUUUAACCUCAAAGUUGCUGUCGAUUUCAAAGGUGCUGAAAUCAGUGUUUUAUAUCUUAAAUGCAAAACUCAUUAAGACAGAAACAGAAACACAGAGAAUCACCAGACUGUUGAACUUUAUUAUUUGAUAUGUGAUUUUUUUAUAUCCUUCAGUAAAGGAAAAUAUAAUUUGAAAUAUAGUGCCUCAAAAACAGUUUUAAUGCAGAAAGAUAUGAACAGUAAUUCGUAUUAAUCCACUCUGAUCUCUGUUCUUCGACGUUUACAAAAAAAGGGCCAUGAUCCCGACAACCCGUCGACUCUGCAGAUAACAUUUACAGAACACUGAAAGAUUGUUUUUUACUUUGGAUCAUUAAGCACAGAAAUGACUUAGUAUUAAGUAUUUAGAGUUAAUUACAUGUAAUAAUAUGAUUAUAUUAUAUAUAACAUGAUUAGCAGCCCCGCUCCACUGUGCCUUGUGUUGAAGAGGGAUUUAUCCGGGAAACACUCCGAGCCUCCAGACGUCGUGUCACAGCACUGACUUCCAACUACAAAUAUAAAACUCAUAAUGAGCCACUUUAUGCCUUUAUUACCUGUAUUUUCUGUAUUCUGAAUAUGCCUUAUCGAGUGCACAUAGUUAUGUUUUUAGUUUUAAAUUUGCUCAUUAGAAAGAUGAAUAGUAAAGUAGACCUAAACAAAUCCUCAACAUGAAGACUGAUCUUUUUCAUUCGUGGUCCGAGAUAAAUCACAAUAACAGGGAACCUCUCUGAACACUGUGAGUAUGUUUCUGCUGUUCACAUUUCACACUGACUGUACAUUCAUCUGUAUGUUCAAGUCUCGAACCUUUUUUCAGUUUUAGCAGUUUUUACUUGAAAUUCAUGCCUGUACAACGAAAUAA